GGUUAGAUACGUUGCACUGUGCAGCCCUGAGGAAGGAAGGGGUAGAGAGGAGGUUGCACUUGCACAACUUCGGACUUGGGUGAAGCAGGGCCUCGUGUCCGGCUUUCCGGCGCCCGCCGGUCUUCGCCGACUGUUGCGCUAACAACUGCCAUGAUAGCAGCGACCGGUAGCUAGUGGUGGCGAUGAACGGAUGAGUGGUCUGCAAAAAAGAAAGCGUAGCCGACGCGCGAGCAACCUCCUGCAGUUUGUCUCUGGCCAUAGCCAACGAGAUCGAAGCGGACAGGUGUUGAAAAGGAUGCAACAUUGCUGUGAGGAGCUCUCUCUCGCUACCUCGUCAGUGCUCUCUAAAGCUCCAGUGGAGAGAAAGUAAGGAGAAGAGAGAAGGGGAGGGGGUUGGGGAGUGGAGGGCGCGCGGGGCCCGAAGAAGUGCCAGGUUGUUCGGCUGCCCCACUGGUCGGUGGGAGGAAGGUAGCUAUGGCGGCCGUAGUGGCGGUAGAGACGGCUACUGCGUUCGGGUGCGCCGGCUAUGGUGUCCUGGACCGGACCUCGGUGGCCGGCGUCCUUGCCACUCGCGGUGCCAUCUCCUCAUCCUCCUCUUCGCCCUCGAUCGCUUCGAUCGGCCAUAUCCCGUCCUUUCCUCCGGCCGAGGGCGGCAUGGGGACCAGCAGGAUGACGACGGCAAGGACGGGCUUGGCGGCGGCGGCGAUGGCGGUGGCCCCAGCUCGACGACGCACUACGAGUUUGCGUUGCCUGAUGAGGGGGAGAGUUCGUGGACCCUCCCUUCCUCAUGGCGCAGAAGAUGCACCUGUUGUCAUCGGCCUGGGUUCAGGACUGGGGUCGAUCUCACAGUCCCGAGGAUGGAGGAGAGAGGAGAGAGGAGAAGGAGCGAGGCCCACGCAACAGGCCCACGCGGCAGUGUCAUCUUUGUGCCCUGGCAAAGGGGAUGUCGCCGGCGGCUGCUCCUGCUGCUGCGGAUAUGCCGGGGAUUGCCUGCGCCGCCCGAUCGGCUCCUUCUGCGCUAUGGCUGUUGGGGGCGUGAGCGACCGGGGGAGGCGGAGGAGAAGGUUAGGUGUUCGGGGCUUCUUCGUCCGGGCGGCUGCCGAUGUCGAGCUUGAGCUUGCAGACAGAGAUGGAGGUAAUGCCAUGACAAUGGCUGAUGGCGAAGACAUCCCUCCUUCCUCUUCUUCUCCUUCUUCUUCUCCUUCUUCUUCGUCUUCGCCGUCCGAUCUGGUGUCAUCGAUGGCGGCGGAGGAUGAACUGGGCCUCUCCUCACGGGCAGUGGAACUCGGAGCCAGAGUGGCUGCGGCCGUUGAGAUGCAAUCUCAAAUCCCUGUGACCAUGGCUAAGAAAGGGAAAGAGGAUGAUGACGAGGAGGACCUUCUCAAUGACAACAGUAGUAGCUGGCUGCAGGAGCGCAGGCGGCGGAGAACCAGUCAGCAAACGACUUACCAGUUUGCCGCCAUAGCCUCGACCAUUGGAUUUGCCAUGGUCGCCGCCGGGGCUGUCUGGUACAGAUUCAUUUUUCAACUAGAGGGAAAUCCUAUUCCGUUAAACGAAGUGCUCGGAACGUUUGCUCUGGCAGUUGGGGCAGCGGGUCUUGGCAUCACGCUAUUCGGAAUUGCAUACAUGUUUGUGCAUGAUGGUCUGGUCCACAAACGCUUCCCAGUCGGGCCCAUUGCAGACCUUCCUUAUCUGAAAAGGGUGGCUGCAGCGCAUCAGCUUCACCAUGCAGACAAAUUUGAGGGAGUUCCUUUCGGGCUUUUUCUUGGACCUCAGGAGCUGGCUGAAGUUGGGGGAGUUGCCGACAUGGAGGAGUUGCUCAAGGCUAGACAGGGCCGGUGAAAGGGGCAGUAGCACCAAGGUGGCCAAUAGAGGGACGAAAGAGGCCAAUGGAUGGACCGAGGAGUUAUUUAUCUUUUUUCCCUUUUCCAUUAUUUAACUCAUUUAAAGAAAAUAAAUGCACUUUCCCAGUCAGCGGUGUCAGGGCAGAUGAUGAUGAUGGUGCUGGGUGAUGAUAGCCAUUAUUUAAAUUCGUCUUGGAUCUGCGCUCUUUUUGAGCUUCAUGUUCAUUCAACUUGUUCUUCUUUCCCUAUUUUCUUCACUCACAGCAUCGCAGAUAGAUGAUGCAUUGAGAUGAGAGCAAGGCCACCAACUUGUUCAACUUGAAGUGAUUUUCUUCAUGUAGGGUAGGUAUGGUGUGACGGGUCGAUGAUUAAUACAAAGUGAUUCGUAAAGUGAUUGGCUGUGUAACUAUGGAGUGAGUUAGGAAGGACAGACCCGUGAAGCGAUUAAGUAGGAGUGGUGCAGUUGCUGCUGCAUCUCACAAACUCUGUAGAAAUUCACUAGAAGCCUACUAGAAGCCUACUAGAAGCCUGCUAGAAGCCUAGAAGGUGGACAGCCUAUGCUACGGUACAGAACACCACUUAUUGUAUUUUUUAUGGUGGGUGGUGUUUGCUGUCUCUCUUCCUCCGGUGGGAGUAAACCACCUGCUCCUCCUCAGGAAGAGUUCUGUUUUUCGAAGAAAAAAAAUGGAUCAUUUCUCGAUUUAUGUGUGUCAKSSGKGKGSRGGGGGGGGGGGGGGGSCAUKYUAAUCUUCCUUCUCUGAAUCGUUCCCUGAAUCGUUCCAAUUUUAACGGAUGUCCCGAAGGAACCCCGCUCAGGAAGAGUUUUUUUUUCUUUCUUCGCUUGCUUUUUGAUCAAUGUGCCAGAGAAUUUCCCACCAAUGUGCCAGAGAAUUUCCCAAAGAGAGAGGGACAGUUCAUCUGUGUGCUAGAACUGUUUGCGUUUGCGGUGCUCAAUCGAGAUGAUCGCAGACCUCCCUCCUCUCUCUCCUGGCCAAGCUAAACAAACAGAAUAUCAAACA